CGGUUUGCACACAGCUGAGCGCAGUUUGGCGCAGCGCACAAGCGAGCUUGGCGCGCUGGGGCUUGGCACAGCUCAGCACAGUUUGGCUUGGCACGGCGCAGCUCGCAGCCUGUGCUGGACACCGAGGGGCGCAACCCGCCGCGUCCCACCCAAUGUCACCCGUUACCACGCCUGGGAGGGGAUGGGUGACGCAACGCCGUCUGGCCCCCGCCCUGUCCCCCGGGAUGUCACCCCACGUCCCCCCGGCAGCUCUGACUCAUUGCCUCUUUGCCAAAACGGCUGCUCCAGCGGCUCCGAGCUGUCCCCACGCCACCGGGAUUUGGGACACCCCUCCCUCCCAGAUGUCCCCACUGUCCCUGUGGCACUGCUGGAGGUCCCCGUCCUGUAUCCCUCCUUGCCCUCUCUGUCACAUCACGUGGAGCCCACUUUGGGCAAGGAGAUGUCCUGUCAGGGUGGCAUGAGUGUCACUGGGUUUGGGGAUGGUGUCCCCCAUAAGGCUGUGCCUCAGGGGACCCCACAGGUGACACAGCUGAGCCUGGUGACAGCUCAGGUACCACCCGGCUGUGCUCUGUGCUGUUGGGUUCUGGGUCCCUGCAUCCACGUGUGCCGCCACCCCUGGGCUCAGGGACGUCACCCCACCUCCCAGCAGGGCAAACUGAGGCACCUGGCCCCUAUGAGCCCCCCAGGCUGGGCAGAACUGUGCUCUUUCCUCCAUCCUGACCCCUCAGAGAGCUGGCACUGAGGAGGGAGAACUUAGAUGUGGUUCUCAGGGGGCUCCUGCCCCUUUAAGCCCUAAUUAGGACCAUGCCUUUAAAAAGUCCCAUGGGCCCCAGCCCUCUUAUCCUGCUGGACCAGGCCGGUGAGGAGCAGGUGGGCUGAGCAAGCUGGUCCCCCCACUGCACCCCUUCCCCACCCCGGCACUUUUAAGCCCCCCUCCCAUUGCCAGGUUUUUGUCCAGCUGGCUUUGCCCCCUGCUUUGGGGGAUUUGGGUUUUAGCCCUGAUCUUGCACUCUUUUUGCAGAGCCCCCCCCUCUUCACCCUUUUUUCUCUUUGUGCUGAGCUGAAUCCUCUGGCAUGGGUGCUGUAGCGUGACAGCACCCCGGGACCUCUUUCUGCUUUACCUCUGGGGGGGAACACAUGAAGCAUGACCGCAGCGCUCCACUAAUCCUGCUGUCACCUCACCCCCUGUCACCCACCAUGGCUUUGCUCCGCCCCUUCACCGCCCUCCUCUUCCUCACCGUGCUGCUUUCCUGGGCUGCGAGCCAGACCCCCCCCUUGCCCCUCUUGCAAGCUCUGCGGGAGCAAGCGCCAGGUAGCCAGGGCUGGAGGGGGGGCGCAGCCAGUGGGCAGCCCCUGCGCUACAUGCUGGAGCUGUACCGACGCGCUGCUGACCACGAGGGGCGGCCCCGGCGUGGCCGCAGUCUGAGCAGCAACACCGUGCGCCUGGUGCAGGCGGCUUCCCGUGGAGGACAGCCCUGGGCAGGUCGCUGGUACAUGCAGCCCCUCACCUACCGCCUGGGCGCCCAGCCUGAAGCUGAGCACCUUCUCCGUGUCACCGUGGCUUACCCUCAGAGCCUGCCACUGCCCCGCGGCCGCCUCCUGUGUGCCGUGGAGCUGCUGCCUGCUGCCAAAGCCCCGGCGGUCCUGCUCAGCCCCGCCGCCCCAUCCCGCCACGGCUGGACCGAAGCAGACAUCACCCCCUAUUUAUCCCCAGUAAAUAGCAGCUCCGGAGGGGCGCUGACGCUGCGGCACAUCUGCGUGCGAGCUGGUCGAGCCACCGCAGCCAACCCAGCGUCCCCUGCAGACCCUUUCCUCCUCCUCUUCCUCAAUGACACCCGCAGCGGGACGCUACCGGAGCCUCAGCGCAGCCGACGUGAGGCAGGGACGCUUCUCCACGACCUGCCCAGCUCCCUACGGGAUGCCGGAGGGGACAAAAGCGAUUGCUCCCUGCGCUCCUUCCCCGUCAGCUUUGCCCAGUUGGGUUGGGACCAUUGGAUCAUCGCUCCCCAUCGCUACAACCCACGUUACUGUAAAGGAGUGUGCCCGCGGCUCCUCCGCGACGGCUACCACGCGCCCAACCACGCCGUGGUGCAGAACUUGGUCCACCAGCUGGUGGAUGCCAGCGUCCCCCGACCCUCCUGCGUCCCCUACCGCUACAGCCCCAUCAGCGUCCUGAUGAUCCAGCAUGAUGGCAGCAUCCUCUACAAGGAGUAUGAGAACAUGAUCGCAGAGUCCUGCACCUGCCGGUAACCUGUGCCCGGUGCUGGAUUCUUUUUUUUUUUUGGAUGUAUUUUGAUGCUCGGUGGGUGGUUGGUUGUGCUUUUUUGUGGGUUUUUUUUUUUUUGUUUUGCUUUGAUGGGGAGGGAUUUGUCUCCACUCUGGUGCGAUGCUCUGAGGGAAAGUUUUACAGUUUUAUGGAAAACUUAUAUAUAAAAAAAAAUUAUGUAGGAUUUUAAAGGUGGGAGCCUGCCCUUAGCAUCCCUCUGUCCUGCACUGCUGUCUAUUGUGGGGGCUGGAGCAUGAAGCUGGUGGAGAGCGUGUCUCCAUGCUGUCACCUGCACCCAUAGGACUCAGUCCCACGCGCCCCAAGCCAUCUUGUCCCUGAGUAUUUUGGGGGCUCCCCCCGUUGCAGCCCCAAUCCUGGCUUUCCUUGGGAUGGCUACGGAAACUGGUGGGACGUGGGGAUGGCAGCGUCACCCCAUUGCCUCUCCUUCUGCUGGUCCAUGUGGGCUGGGCUCUGCUCUGAACUUGUCCUUGUUCCCAGAGGUGUCCCCCAGGCCCACAGCCUGGCUUUCCUCUAUUUAUUGCUGACUGUGUUAAUAAAUAAAUUACUGAAUUUUGCUGAA